AUGUCUGGAAUUAAUAGUAGAACUUCUACGGGGUUACAUACCGUAGAUAACACAAAUCUCUUAUCUCCAUAUGUGACAGGCGAAAUGGUUGGCUUCGAUGCUGGAGCCAAGAUAAAGGGGUUCGAUGUUGGAGAAUUUAAGCAUUUAUCUAAUGAAAAUGGUGAACUUAAAGUCAACGAGGUUGAAACCACCUCUGAAUGCUUACCUUGUAUGAAUGAACAUGGCGUCAUAUCCAUUGGAUUAAAUGUUGAUAACAAGAGGCUUGAAAUUGAUGAGGAGAGUCAGUUGACCACAAUCGACAUAUCUGCGCAUCAACCUCUUGUCUACUCAAAAGAGGGUCAUGAUAUCCAACUUCAGUUUGAUGAUUCAUCUUUAUCUGUAGAAGAAGAAAAACUGAAAGUGAUUCCCGAAAAUUAUGAGUUCCCAAUGUACCAUGAUGAUGAAUCAUGGACGGUUGGUAUUAGAGUGGAUGAGACAUUAUCCAUUAACGAAAACGGACUUUCAGUGAACUUUCCACCACCGCCGCCUCUAGAAACACUGAAGAAACCUCUAUAUCGGGAUAAUGGAAUUGGUGUCAAACUUCACAAGAGUUUGAAGGUGAAUAGUUCAGAUGAACUCGAAACAAACUCAAGCCAACUGUUCAAAGCAUUUGGGGCUAUAAAGACAUCCAGCAGUGCGGAUACGCUGUUAGACAUCAGGUCUUCAUGGCUCGACUUUGGAUUUGGUAGUCUGACCGAAAUGACUAAUGUGUUAGGAGAGGUAGACACCACAGCAAUACGCUUAAUGGUCGAUUCUUCGACAUUCAGUCAAGCGGGAUCGAGAUUGUCCCUGAAAUCACCCGGAUAUGAACAAAUCAUGUAUGGGAACCUUACUUAUGGCUACUCGGGAAGUUCUUCAUUCACCUAUUCGUCCACGCUUCAGGAGUUGCGUGUACCCAAUGUAAAGUUAAGCGGAACAUUGCCUGCGAUUGGAGGUGGCUCGUAUGCUGUAAGUAAAGACUAUCUUUCACAAUUUUAUCAAGGCUCUCAAACAGGAGCAAUCGCCGUGAGUCCGGAGGCUGCUGGACGUCGAGAGAUAGGCUGUUUGGUCGAUAAUCAGACCAUCAGAAUUGUUGGAAAUGCACUCACAGGUGGGUACAUUUUUCAGGACUUUAAUGGCGUAUCUAUUCGACCUGGAACGACCAAUGAUGUGGUAUUAUCUCUUAAAUGCAAGGCUGGCAGUUGUCUCCAAAUGGUCAAAGCAGAUACCAUUAAAGAUGUACUGACUUGCAGCAAUGGUAUCGAGAGAGUACAGAAUGACCUUCAACUCGAUCUAAAAGUUGAUGCUAACAGCGGUUUGGCCAUGGUAAACAGGGGUACCAUACGGGAUACAUUCACAGCCUCCCAAGGGGUAACACGGGUGGGCAACAAUUAUAGGCUGUCGUUAACAGCCCAGUCUCCAGAUUUAACCCUCAACAACAGGGUUUUAAGUUCUAAUAUAGCAGCCGGGAUAGGCCUCCAGAAGAACGGUGCCAUUCUAUCUACUAAUCUCCGAGGUAUAAAUGGUGUACAAGUCAGCGGCGACUUGAUUUCAUGUUCACUUACAGGAAGUGAUACCGUUCUUUGCGUAGGCGAUUCCUUAAGAGGUAAUUAUGUGGGCAGUACCAACUCAUAUGGAAGUAUUAUUGUUGUUGGAAAUACGAUUCAGUAUAACAUGAUUCCUCCUCAAUUUGUAAGUAACAGUCCAAAUCUCAUCAUUACAGGUUCGUAUCCGCUUUAUAACUUUACCCUCAUUGACCCUACGCCAUUAUCGAAGCAAAGGGAUACAGACAAUACAGAGCAAACUGACACGGCUGAAAUCUUGAAAACUGAUAUCCCGGAUGGAAAUGUGGUGGUGGCAAGCAGUAUUACCCCUCUUUCAACUAUACCCUUUCCAGCCAUGGCUAGUCCUCCUCUUACGGUUCCCAUGGCUGUCAAUUCAAUUCUUCCUAUUACAAGUGCAUUUCCAUGGGCUAUGAUUUUCGGAGGGUCACGCAAACGUAAGGUUCAACGAGAUGCGGAAGGCCAACCUAUACUCGAUGGCAAUGGAAACCCCGUUUACGAACCAAUAGACCCUGUUACCUUCAUGCCACCACUUGAACCCGGGAGCAAUGUCGCAAUUGCUUCUGAUCCAAUAGGAGGUUGUACUCGUCUCUUGUUUGAUACGCCUUCAUGUUAUCGAGGCAUCAAAUAUGAAUACCCUCAGCAAGCAAUCAACUUGGGAAUGUUAAGAGACUUUAACAUGGAAGUGAUACAGCCAUGGACAACAUCACAGAUAACUAAUUUGACUUCAAAUAAUGUUGUAUUUGGAGUGAAUAUAUCAGGGAAAGUCAUUACAGGAAGCAGAGUUCAAACUACCGCCUCAUCAGCAGGACAAUCAUCUGUCUUUAUUUCGAACAGUUUUGAUUCAACAAAAAGCACCUGGUUCAGGCUCGAUGGCACAGGCUUUUUAGGAUACAACCCCGGUGCUUCAACAUGGCUCGGUGCUCAGGAUUUACCAAUGUUCAUAUAUCCUAGGACAUCUAGCAUGCCUACUCUAGGUCUAAGAGUGGACACAAAUGGUUCGUGCGUUGUAGGGGGUGACCUUACUAUCGGAUCAUCUUCUGUGAGCGGUCUACGUUCGCUGGUUGUAUCCAACCUUUCUUCAGGAAGCAAUGCUUGUAGCAUUCUUUAUCUUACGGCCUCAGGAGGUUCUGGAGUGAUGUUUUUGAACGGUGCCUCGCGAACAGUGGAUGGAGGAGCAUCAACAAUGACAUUAAGGAAUGAUGCAGGCAGUCUUCGGCUUCAAGCACAGACUGCUAGAGGACUAACAAUACAGGCAAACACUGGUAUCAUUACACUGGAUAGCACAAGCGUAUCAACCUCUCCAACAACCGGUUCCCUAGUAAGUCCUGGUGGUGUUGGUAUUGCAAAGGAUGUAUUCAUUGGUGGUAAUAUCUUCGCCUCCACCAAUAUGAAGGUAGCCACAGAAUCCUUUGUAACAACAGGAUUAGCAUCGAAGCAAAACUUAUCUCCUUUGCUCGACAAUAUAAGUAGUCUGACCCCGACCGAUGGUACUUUUUUAAUGGGAAAUGGUGGUUUUUUCCGGAUCGUACCUAAAGAUGAAAUCCUCAGCACAUAUCAGCCCCUGAUUACACCUGCGAGUUCGCUUAACCUGAGCGGUUUAACGGUACAAAAUUCAAACACCAAUGCUACAGCAUUCACACUAGGGAACACUAGCACUGCACAGACAUGGGGCGUUCAUGUUUCCGGUAAUAUGGUCGUGAGUGGCGGCCUAGGAGUAUCAACUGAUGCAUAUAUCGGUGGAAUGGCUUACAUCGGAGGUCUCGAAGUUGCAUCUCAAAAAUUUGUAAUUGAUAACACCGCUCCAAUAAGUCAAACCUUGUCUUCACUAUCAACAACUGUUACUAAUAACAAUAAUGCCAUUAAUACUGCACUCGCAUCGAAGCAACCAAUGAACAGCGCUACCAACUCUCUGUACACAAUGACGGUACAGCCUGACAGUUGGCUUUAUUCUUCUGCUGGGACUACGUUCGAGAAUGUUACUUCCACUCAAGUGAAAGGCAUCCUCAAUAUAGCAACCAAUGCUAACGUGAAUACACUCCUUUCUGGUAAACAGAACAACAUCACCACAUCAACUAAUUUGAGUCUUGCCUCAGUUACGGCUAGUGGUUAUGUAACAGUAAUUAAUGGUGCCAAUCCAACAUAUAUGUCCCUGGUCAACUCUUCAUCGAAUAUCACUUGGGGUCUUCGAGUAGCAGGUUCUUCAGCCGAUGGCUCUAACCCAGCAGGUGGGUUUGGGAUCAACUCUUCAUAUAACAACGUCGGUUAUGUGUUAAAGAUUUCUAAUACUGGUAUUACAUAUAUUACAAAUACCACACAGUCAACUAGUUUGACUACAGGAGCACUUCUAGUAAGUGGUGGUUUAGGUGUUGCAAAGGACUUGUAUGCUGGAGGAAAUGUAAUUGGUAACUCCUCUGUGGAUGCUCCAAACUGGGUUCAAUCUCGAAACGUUUCGUCUGGCGUUAAUGCCUACACAGCCAUUGGUUGUGCCAAUGACAGCGGCAAUGGUGCGUUACUUUUCCUCAACUCUUCUACAAGGACUGCAGAUGGAGCCGGGAACAACGCUACACUUUGGAAUGACUGUGGAGACAUGAACAUCCAAGGAAAAUCUGGUCUAGGAUUAGGUCUACAGAUUGUAUCCAUUUCGAAUGAAGUUAAGGUGUUGACUGCUACAGACUCCUCGUCUGCGACAUCAGGAGCCUUGCAGGUAUCUGGGGGUGUUGGAAUUGCGAAGACUCUGUGGGUUGGUAAUAAGGUAACCAGUGGAAAAGGGACUGGCUAUGGUUUUGGAUGGGGUAGCAUCGGUGGAAAUGUCAAUACUGGUGACAUGACAUUCUUCUCCCCAUCUUUGAAUGGACAAGCCUUCUUCAACGAUCAGAUUAACGAUGUCUGCCUGCGGGCAUGGAAUACUAACAUGAGAUUUGGUGUUACAAAUAGUUCAUCUCAAUUAGAUAUUCUCUCAUCUGGGAAUGUUAUUAUCAAUACGACGACAGAUUGUACUUCCACAACAACUGGCGCAUUCCAAGUCAAAGGGGGAGUUGGAAUUAGUAAAGCGCUUUAUGUCGGUGGAAAUGUUUUCUCAAAUGGUAUAAAACUAGCAACCGAGAGUUAUGUAGGUACAGCCAUUGCUUCAAAACAGACAUUGAGUCCGCUCCUAGAUUCUAUCAGUGGACUCGCAAUAUCUGCAAAUUCAUUUAUUGUUGGAAGUUCUGCUACAUCAUUCUCCACGAAAACCGUUGAAGAGGUGAAGUCAAUUCUAGGAGUUAUGAAUGUCGACAUCUCAGGGAAGCAAAAUGCUAGUCCUUUACUCUCUACUCUCGCUGCGAUGUCACCAAUGAGCAAUAUGUUUCUCAUGGGAGAUGAUGUCCAAGGAUUCACUCUCACAAAUGACAUCGAAGUACGAAGCAUUUUAAACAUUGUCGACUAUGCCCCCAGCAUAUCAGCACUGCAAGGAAGCGUUGCAACCCUACAAACAUCAGUAUCAUCAAAGCAGGAUACCAUAUCCAGUAGUACCGCAUUAUCAACAGGAACACUUGUUGUAAAUGACAUAACUGAUUCCACAUCAGCCAUCACUGGAGCACUUCAAGUGAAGGGUGGAGCAGGAAUCGCUAAGAAACUAUGGGUUUCUGGUGCACAAAUGACCGUCCAAAAUACUAACUAUAGUGUUGGCCAAACCAAUACCCUCAUGUUUUCACACGCAACACAAAAUAUAUGUUCUAUACAAUCCUAUUUGCCUGGUAGUAACAAUGUUGACCUGAAUUUCUAUGUCGGACAAAGCAACGCAUCUAUUCGAAGUAUGUCGCUUAAUGGAGCAACCAGAAAUGCUUAUUUUGAUAGAGAUGUCAUCAUCGGAAACACCAGUGUAAAUGGUUUAAGAAGCAUUCAGGUCAAGAAUGUAGACCUCGGUUCGAAUGCAGCACCAAUUUACUAUUUAACGACGGCCGUGGGUUCUUCCGUUCUUUUUAUGAAUGGCUCAAAUCGAACAGUAGAUGGAGGCGCUAAUACACUCACACUCAGGAAUGACGUUGGUGCCGUACGCCUUCAAUCUCAGGGAGCAAAAGGUAUUUACGUUUAUCCUAACACAGGUAAUGUCGUUGUUGAAAGCACCACUCCAGCGUUAUCGAGUACAACUGGCGCUUUGGUUGUUGCAGGUGGAAUUGCGGUCGGUGCCCAUGUCGUAUCAGGUGGGAAUCUGUAUUCAAAUGGUGCUGUGUAUAGCAACGGACAGGUCUGCGCUACUCAAGCAUGGGUGUCAUCUCAAGUACAGUUUCCUAAGGUUCAGGUGUUCAAAAUGCUAACUAAAGAUGUAAUCACAACUGGUAGCGGAACAAAGACGUUCUAUGUUUCUACAGCCGGCCGGGCGUUGAUACGCUAUACCAUCAACUUGCAUGGCACCAAUAAUGCAGGAGGAACGCUCAAUGUGUAUCUAGGAACUAAUGCCAGUUCGAUGCCGUCAGUCUUUUCCAGUGAUUUUAACUAUAAUGCUGGAGUGAACAGAACAAUUUAUGCCUCAUUCAUUGUGUCGGGGUUAGUUCCUGAUGUAGCAUAUUUUACCAAUUUUUCAGCAGUAAAUGCAGCACUGGACACAAGCGCAGAUGUAACCAUUAUAGAGGUAAUGGAAUUAGGGUCUUAA